CAAAAAUUACAAUUAGAAUUCAUCUACCGCUGCAUUACCUGCAAGCUAUCGGCUCUACGCUGAUUAAGUGAUUCGGUGAUUCCGCGGAAUCGUUGUAACUAGCCAGUCUUGUGCUUUUUGUGGUUGGCGUCGCGGCUACAAACAGGGAUUGCAUCAAAUUCUUUGUUUGACGCCGGAGUGUAUACAAUUUAGAAAAGAUCUUUCCUCUGGCCUUAUCCAUAGAAUGACUUCCGCCGGAGAUUCUGGGAUGCGAAAAAACGACAAGCCUUCGCUUCGUAUGAAUUUGUCGGCAGCGAAUUUGUCCAAGACUGAAGUGGUUCCUUCGGUACCCGCUGCAAAGAAGCGAAGGUAUGCGCCAAUCGAUCUCCCACUCAGUAUGGCUUCGGUAUCAGAUGUGCGAGUGUUGCAUCAGAAAACUUCGAUGAGUUUUGCCCUCCAAUCGAGUCUCAACCGCGAGGAAGCUACCUGGCAUGCGCAGGGCACAACGACGCUCUUUCUUACAACGCCGCAUCCACCAACCCAGCCACUUUCCGAGUCUUCAACAGUCCCCCUUGCUCUACAUUUACGAGGUUCCUGCCAAGUGUCACAAGUACAUGUUCAAACUCUAACUUGGACAAAAAAUCAGCCCGAGCCAAAGCCGCAGACUCUGCGGACUUCCUAUCAUCACGUGGACCCGUUGCAGCACGUAUUGGUCAAACCGCCAUCGUCGUACACUUUCGAAGAGGAUCACAAGAAAGAGUUUCGAUUCGAUGCUGAUGCUCAGUCCUCGCGUGGUGCCGUCGGUAUGACGUCAGCUCUUCGGGCUGCGAGUGUUGCGAGUAAUCUUGGAGAGCUGCGAAUCACGUUCGAGGCUUUGAAUAGUAAAAGCGAGGAAACAACGAUAGAUGCAGUCCAAAGUUCGUGGCGACACCUAUUGGAAGCUACCUCCAAUGAAGGGGAUGUUGUCCAACGCCUGAAAUCCAGCUGGAAUGGACGAGCUGGACAGCGUCGGAAUCGCCGAUUGAACUUAAUAGCAUCCUGUCUUGCUGCAGCAUCGAAUCAGAAUCGUGCUUUUUGUGUUACAGUCCGAUACAACAUUGCGAUUGAAAAGUCAAUCGCACAUCUAGGUGGGCUCCACGCAUUGACAACGAAUCGCACGCCUCAUGUCUACACGACGGCCGGAGUCUACGGUGACCACGAGGGAACCCGAUGUUGGCUACCCUGUGCAGAUUCAGCAGCUGCUCAUCACCGCACCUCCCACGAAUUUCUUGUACAUGUCACCGCAGGUAUGACGCAUGGCCUCGCGACGAUGGGGCUGGGAGAAGACAUGGGCUGUAGAGAAACUCUCCUGCAUGACAGCUUUACGAAGACAGGGGCCAAAAGUAUCCCGUCUCGAGCCGCAAAUGAGUUUGGCGCACAGCAUGUGAAGUUUUUGGAAGAUCUCUCAGCCAAGAAUACUGACAACUCUAUUUCUCACUGGAUUCCUCCGGAAGAGUCGCAUACAGUAGCAAUGGGAGAUAUUCAAGCGACGCAUGUUUGGUGUUCUGGGACUUGGACGCCUGUUCCUGCCAGAUCACUGGGGUUUUCUAUCGGCCCUUUCCGUGUUCUAGAAGAUCCCGAGUACUUUGAGGCUGCGGCGGAAGCAGAAGUAGAUGAUGAUGAAAAGGGUCCCGACGAACUGAUCGAGACAGCCCGCUCAAGCGGCGAAGGAAUUCGACAGGCUUACUUUUGCCCCGUAUUCGCCCGGAAGUUUAUUCAUCGCGAUGCAAGCCGUGUCUUGCUUCCGGAGACUCAAUUGGUGCUCGCCGACCUUUCAUCCCGACAACGCGAAAUUCUGAAUCGAUUGGACCAAAGUGUCUUAUCGACAACCGUGGGUGUUCCUCACCGAGCCUUGUCAUUGAUGCGAGAUGUGCUGGCCUUGCCGACCUACCGGACAGCCUCGUAUACCCAAAUUUGGAUUCCAAACGCCCUUCAUGGGGGUGUGACCAGUGGAUCAUUUCACUUCUGUCCCGAAGUGUUGGUCAAUCCUUUUUUGGGUGGUGCCGUAUUGGACUCAAGGAUGCUGCCGCCCACAGGAUCUCGGCUACCGUUUUAUCAAGGGGGGCGAGUACUCCAAUGUCUACAGGCACGAUGUGCUAUUCGCGGAUGGAUUGUCGCAAGUUUACCUUUAGGAGGAAAAGAUGAUGUUGGCGGGGGCUAUAUUUUUGCCUUGGCUGAAAGCUUGCUGAUGAGCCUUUACGAGCGUGGCAAUGGGGCUCAUGGAGAAGGUGGAGGGAAAGGCGGCGUAUUUUUUAGUAACCGUUACUCAUUUGGAAGCGGGUUAAACAGUUCAAACCUAGACUUCCUUCCGGUUCAAAACAUCGAAGACAUGGAUGUGGUCAUUUCUGGUGUUGGUGCUGUACCAGUCGAAUACGAAUUUGCUCUAGUGGACGACCGACAAAACGAUCAACUUUGGAGAUCCGCAACGAACGGAUCAGAGUCCCAUACUUCAUCCACGGAUGAAUUUAAUGUGCGGCAACUUCUUUGCCGGGAUGCGGUAGAAGCUUUGGAACGUGGGACGGACAAAGACAAGGCGGUCCCGAGCCCUUCGAUGGGUUGGUUUGGGUCACACUUGUCACUCUCGUUUCUUUCAAGCAAUGCUGCUUCCAGUAGCGAUUUAGGCUGUGGCGGUGUGGAGUUGCUGCAUCCCAUCGGUGGGCUUGUGUACCGCGCUUUAAAAUGUGAAGUAUUUCGAGGCAUCGUCGAAGGCAGAGCUGGUAUCGCAAAUUUUGUUCGGCUUAUACGUGCAUCGUUCAUCGCUGCACAUUUAGAGGACCUCGGUGAAAGCGAGCUCAAGUUAGCAAAAAAACGUGAAAAAGAAGUAAAGGACACUAACUCGAGCGUGGAAAAAGAUGAAGUUGUACCAAAGGCGCCUUUCGUCGUUUGUGUGAACGAAAUUCUAAAAAAGAAAGGUUUGUCGCACACUCUUUUUACUCGGGCCCUGCAAAACCUUUCUGGACGAGCGAAAGAACCACAUCUUCUUGGAACACUAGUGGAUGUGGAGCGACACGCGGAAGACCCUCGCACUCGUCGACCAUUCGUGGAACCAGAAGGUUUUCCCAAUUCGUUCGUUAGAGGUGCCUCGCUUCUGUAUUGUCGGGUUGGAGUGCAGGUGGAACAAGCUCGAGACAGCACUGGUACCCAAGGACCAACGGUCGGAAAAGGUAUACAAAUGCAGGCCUAUGCCGAGCCUGUUAUUCCGGAAGGUGGAUUAGCAUUCAGUGGUCCCAUCACUGUCCGUGUUAUUGAGAACGAAGGGCAAUUUCGUGAAUAUGUUAAAGAUAUUGUGGCCGAUGGUAGUCGACGCGAUUGGGGAACCACAUUUCUGCAUGCGAAGCCUGUAACGACGGUAAAGGCGCAGACCGCGGCAAGUGGGACGAUCGAAGCAUCGAGCAGAACUUCGAAAGAAGGAUCAAAGUCGUUGGGUUCCGUUAGCAGCAGUAUCUUUACAGACUCCUUUUUUCACAGCGGUGGAUAUCAGGCGAUCGAGUUGAUACGUUUGACAAAUCUUUCACCCCUCUUGUGGGUUCGGGUAGAUCCAAUGGGUUUGUACGCUGGACGUAUAUCUGUCUGUCAGCCAGAUGCUUGUUUAGCCGAGCAGCUUUUCCAUGACGGCGAUGCUGCUGCUCAGGUGGAAGCGAUUCGUACACUCGCCGAGCGGCCAAUCCGAAUUCAGCCAUCAUCCAAGGUGAAUGCUGUCUACGACGUUAGUGUUAUGGAGCUACCGGUUCGAGUUCUUGGUGAUUGUUUGCGCGGAUCUCCAGCUCUACACAGCUCGCUUCCUCACACACCUGCAAUACGGAGCCAAGCCGCCCUAGCAAUUGCACAAUGGCAAAACAACAAGGCUCCACCGUCAAAGGAUUCAGUGGAUGCAGACAGCUGGAUAGGGAUCAAUUUACUAUUGCACUACUUCCGUGAGCGGUUCUACAGCAACUCAAUCAUCAUGCCAACUAAGUUCUCUCGCCUCGCGUUGAAGAAAAGUGAUGUUGAAAUGAAUCAAGCUGCAGCUGCGAACGAGAGCGCGGGUGCGAAUCAACCUACGUUUGACGAUGCCUACGAAUACCUCGACAUACUUGAAGCCGGAGAGGAGCGAGCGGCAGCCUUGGAAGACGCCGAUCAGGUUGAAAUAGAGGAAGAUGAAGAGUACAGGGUUCGAUCAGCUGUUGUUACUGCGAUUGCUUGUACCCGAGCUAAAGACGGUCUUACUCCGUCAAUUGCGGUUGAAUUCUUGGAGACAGUGCUGGAAGCAGAGGAUGCAUCAGUCGUUGGCCAUCUGAUUUAUCCUGACGAAGAGUUGAUGAUUGAAAAGAAUUUUCGAACGAAGAAGUACAAAACCGAGCUAAAUGCGGACGAUAUAGAGGUUUCUACCAGCAAUUACAUAUCCACUCCAUCUCUGUCCUUUGUCUCGAGUGCAAUGAUUGCCGAUGCACUCCUUGCAAUGUGCCACAUCAAUGCUUCCCCUACUGUCUACACUGACCCAGCAACAGGGGGAAAAGUUGUUUCUUCUGGCCCUCAUCCUGUAUCCAAGCUUAUUAAAAUUGCAAGAGAAUGGCUCGACUGGGAGAAUUAUAGGGAGAGCAUCCGGAAUGAACUAGCAAUGGAAGACCGAUCUGGCAUUUCUGGAAACUGCUACGACAAUAUCGCAGCUUGCGCUGUUACUGCCCUUUCGACGCUGGCGAUUCUUCGUCAGAGCACAACAGAAGGUGAACGGACCGUAAGCUCCCGUAAUAUUGGGAACGGAGAGAAAAACUCAGAAAGAAAGACAGAGGACAUCGCCACAGCAAAAUUUUACGUUGCCAUGUUUGACGAGCACCCAGUCCACAAUGACCCAACUCGAGCUGCCUGUGCACAGGCGAUGUCGUGCAUAUGCUGUGCCACGGAUAGGUUUGAGGAUGAAAAGAAGCCUCCACUGGGUCUCCUCUCAGCUCUUGAGUUUCUUCUAGAUCGAGUACUAGACGAUGAGGUCUCACCCUGUCUUAAACAGACGUUAUGUUUAAUUAUGAUGGAUGCGUGUACCGGAAAAGUUUCGUCUAUGCAGCGCGUAGGUGUAAUUGGAGGUAGAAACGAUCUCUUCGUAACGGCUGCCCGAUAUUUCAAUGGGCCGUUGGGAGCAAGCCAAGGCAACGACAAUGGAAGUGCGCUUCUAACUUCCGUCUCACCGUCGUCCUCUCCAGCAGCGAGCGCAGUUAACGAUGGUGCGCGGAGAGGUCUGCGUCUUUUGAGUCGGGCCGGCCAUCCGAGAGAAGCGUUGGGAGAGGAGAUUGUUGUAAGAGUUGCUCGCUUUGCCACGCGACUUUGGCGAACAAUCAAUGGAGAGCCUGCUGAGGCACUGACCAGCGGUAUCGUCCGAUUGGGUCCUUCCCUGGGCGUAUGCGCCUACGACGGCGCCUUGCGGUGCACACUUUUGUCGUUGUGGCAGUGGAUAUGGCCGCGCGGCUGCUUCGCAGUCCUGCAGGUCCAGGCUUGGAAGGCACACGAAGGGACGGACCGCUAUUUUGGUCUCGGGGCACAUCACGUAAUGAAGAUUACCGAAGAUGAGAAGGUUGCCGCCACAGAGGAGGAGGAAGCAUUGUCCGAGUUAAACAAGAUAGUCAGUACUGAAUUGGACCGUCAAGCAUGGCGUGGUGAAAUGUCUCGCAAGGCUUACGACAUCUAUAAAUCUUCCAAAGGGCAUCGGCCAACCUUUACCUCCAAUUCAAAGGGAUGCUGCAUUUAA